CCCGUUUCGCCUCUUUUCGCUCCUUGUUCUCUUUGCCUCCUCAUCUAUAAAAGCGCCAGAAAACAAGACCCAUCUCCCCAUUGCCAGAGGGUUCCUCAAGCUAAUCACUCAGUCCAAGCACACCCUUCAGACCACUCCUUCUGCCUUUAAUACGAACAUUAUUUACGCACAACCAUCAGGCACCAGCUUGAAUAUAUUACUCCAUCUCGUAGCACUGCGCAGCACUUUGUAUUCCUUCUUGCCUUCAUCACCUUUCUGCCCUUCUGCAACCUGCCCUCGCUUCUAGCUUCGCUACAAAGCUCCUUUCCUUUGUUUUUUCUGAUCUGGUCUCGCCGCCAAAUAUCGACAACCCAGUUGUGCUGACGAUUCUUUGAUCCAUUAUGUUUGCCGUUCCCUCGAUUUCUGCUCCUGGCUCAUCGAAUGCCAAUGCUGCCCAGCCCGAAAAGCCAGUGACAGAAUUGACGGCAGAGGACCAGGCUGCCGUUGAUGCUCCCCUGCACUCUGUUGCCGGUAUCGUGCCGACACUUCAGAAUAUCGUCGCUACUGUCAACUUGGAUUGUCGCUUGGAUCUGAAGACCAUUGCGCUGCAUGCGCGUAACGCAGAGUACAAUCCAAAGCGCUUCGCUGCUGUGAUUAUGAGGAUUCGUGAACCAAAGACGACGGCUCUUAUCUUUGCCUCGGGCAAGAUGGUUGUCACUGGUGCAAAGUCGGAGGAUGACUCGAAGCUGGCCUCUCGCAAGUACGCUCGCAUCAUUCAGAAGUUGGGCUUUCCCGCAAAAUUUACGGACUUCAAGAUCCAGAACAUUGUCGGCUCCUGCGACGUCAAGUUUCCUAUCCGUCUUGAGGGGUUGGCCUACGCCCACGGACCUUUCACAUCAUACGAGCCCGAGCUGUUCCCUGGCCUCAUUUACCGCAUGGUCAAGCCAAAGAUUGUUUUACUGAUUUUCGUCUCGGGCAAGAUUGUGUUGACUGGUGCAAAGGUCCGCGAAGAAAUUUACCAGGCGUUUGAAGCUAUAUACCCUGUGUUGACGGAAUUCAGAAAACCCUAAGUGGAAGUGCCGCGAACAUGGCACAAGACACGGGAUGAAAUAAUAUUGGACUUGGAUGGUGUUCAUGAACAGGACCAUCGGAGACCCUGUCGUCCUGCUACUCCUUCAUAUGCUGGCGCACCUUGCGGGUUCAACACAAACACAAACGCACAACAACAACGGACCGGGAAACCCCUCCCCUGCGAUACUUUUUUUUCAUGCUAUCCUUUCUCGCACUCCUCACCCCUAUUAUCUUCUCUAGCAACGCUUGUAUUGUACACUUUUCUCUUUUUUACUCUGGCUCUCGAUGUGGUGAACAUACUGCUCGCAGCGACUAUUCCUUUUCUUUAUUCUUUUCGGUAAACAACUUCUCCUCUCUGUUGCUAACACGAACAAAUUAACACACACACUACUUGUAAAAUAUUAAACCGAAAUAAAGCUUCAACUUGCAAUUUGUCAAAGAAA